GAAAGUUACGACCUCUGUCCGGGCUCUCAUCGGCCCAACUAGACGGGGGUGUCACGAGGCGUCGAAAGAUUUAUCCAUGUGUCACUCCAUUCCGUUACACGGUCUCCUCCUUCCUCCGAUCCUCUCAACUGCGUGCACAUCGUAGCUCUGAAGACAGGAUCGGGUCGGCGAAGCUUUGUCUCUUUCUGUUCUUUCUUUCUAACGUCAAAGGGGAAGGGGGUGAGAAAGAGAGAUGCAUUCGUUCGUGUACCGGCUGAAUACCUUGGUCACCUUCGCCGCCGUCCUCCUCGCGAUGCUGUGCGCCGCCGCCUCCUUGCUCGACGCCUUCAACUCCCCGACCGUCCACGCCCACGCCGAGGUCAUCAAGAUUAAUCGAUUUCGAAAACAGUUGAGUGGAAACGAUGAGGUAAGCUUGGCCCUGAACAUUUCUAUGGACUUGCGAUCACUGUUUACAUGGAACACAAAGCAGGUUUUUAUCUUUCUGGCUGCCGAGUAUGAAACUUCAAAAAAUUCCCUAAAUCAGAUUUCGCUAUGGGAUCAUAUAGUGCCUGAUAAGGACCACGCAAAGUUCCAAGCACAGGUUGCCAACAAAUAUCCCCUAAUUGAUCAGGGAAGCAACCUUCAUGGUAAGAAAGUUGAACUUGCUCUCCACUGGCAUGUUAUGCCCAGGACAGGUAGAAUGAUUCAAGAUAAGAUGGCCGUGUCCAGUUUCUAUCUACCUGGGACAUAUACAUAGUUUAUAGCAUGUCCCAUUGAUCACUGAUUGUCAGUGAUAGUUCACGGGUACCAUAGUCAAAUUUUAGGUGAACUUCUAUUUAAAUAUAUUUUUUCCUAAUGCCUAUUGUUUUCUUUCUUGAAAUCAAUUUUGUUGCAUCCCUUGAAUAGAAACAUUAAUGAUUAUCAAUGGUCUCGUGUAUUACAUCAAAGAUGGGUACUUCAAUUCCUUCUUUUUCCGUUGUCGCUAAUAAGAGGAAGUGCUUUAUAACUCUAAUAGCGGACAAGUGCGGAAAAGAUGAAAAAGUGUCCCAUGCCACCUUCUGUCUUUGCCCUAAGAACCGUCUUCCCCUGUAUGGAGCCACCGUCGUUCAUCCUUGCUCAUAAUUUUUGCGGAGGCUUUGUUAAGUGCUAAAUUUUUUUUCUCCGUGUCAGUAAAUUGCAAGCAGUACUCAUCACUCUGCCAAAGAAAAGACUUUUUAUACAUCAUACACACACAUACAUAUAUUGAUGGUUACAAACUUAUAUAAACUGAUCUCACUCUUAGAAGUUUGUUUAAUAUACUGCAACUAUGUACUUAUUUGUGAUGGUACUGUUAAUGAAUGAAAAGCAGCUCUCCGAAUGGAAGAGGUGGUGGCCUAAAA